AUGAAUGUCUAUUUAGCAUAAACUUAAGAGACAUUGAAAAAGGUUUGUUUAGAGCCUUAUAAUUUGAGUUAAGGAAACAAACAAUAUGAUGGUUACAAAUAUGAUUUCAAAAAUAAACGAUUUGUAAAAAUUAUAUUCACAAUCUCAUAUUCUUAAUUUAAUGAAAUUAAGUACAUAAAAAAUGAUGGAUAAAUUAUUAGAAUGUAAAAACUAAAUUAAUCUUGCUUCAUAGAAAUAAGUUAAUAGAUUUAUAAAAAUCUCCAGAUAUAUUAACCAAUUUAGAAUAAAUCAAUCAUUUAUAAUGGCAAGGUGCUUAUAAUGGAGAUUUGGAGAAAGUUGGAUAUUGGAGAGCUUUAUGGAAAGGUGCCGCUUUAAUAGAUGUUGGUGGAUUUUACAAAAAUGGAAAGAAAUUUGGAAUAUGGAAAGAAUUAUUCAAGAAUUAUUGGGAGUAAUUAAAAAAUUUAUAGGAUAGUAAAGCUUAAAUUUAUGAAAUUGGAGAAUACUCUAAUGAUAACAGAAAAGGAGUUUGGAAAUUUGUGUAUAGAGAACAAUAAAUGUAUGUAAUUAUUAAUCAUUAAGUGGUGGUGGGGAAUAUGAUGAAUAAGGUUUAAAAACAGGUAAUUGGAUUGAUUUAAAUGAUGAUUUUUGGGAGUAAUUAUUAUUGUUAUAUAAUCUGAUUAGUUCUCAUUAAAUAACUUAUCAUGGAUAAUAUAGAAAUGGUCUAAAAGUUGGUUAAUGGAAAACCUUUAAGGAGGAUAGGAAUGAAAACUUUGAAUUGAUGUAUUAAAAUUAAUUCUAAUUACUAUCUUUAGAGGUGGUGGUUAUUAUAAUGAAUAAGGUUUAAAAAAUGGUUAAUGGGAGGAUUUGAAUUCUAAUUUUAAUUAGUAAUUUAUUGUUAAAUAAUUUAGAGAUGAAAAUGUGUAUUUUAAUGGAGCAUAUUCAAAUGAUUUGAAAAUUGGAAUGUGGAACAUCAAUUAAAGAGAAGAGAAAGGUGAUUAAAAGAUGUAAAUAAUUUCAAUAUUCCAUUUUAGUGCUGGUGGAGUUUAUAAUGAACAAGGUCUUAAAGAAGGUUUGUGGUUAGAUGUGAGUCCUGAGUUUUAAAAGUAUUUGAUAUAUAUAUAUAUUAGGGAUAGUAAGAUAUUUUAUAAAGGGAAUUAUUAAAAUGGAAGGAAAAUAGGUAGAUGGGAAACUAUUUAUUAGAAUAAUUCAAUGUAAAAUAUUGUUGUAACUUAGUGGUGGUGGAUUUUAUGAUAAUUAAGAAUUGAAAAUUGGUCAAUGGGCAGAGAUAUGUGAUAAUUUUUGGAAGUUAUUAUUUAUAUUAUGCAUAAUUUAGUAAAUGUUAAGUUGUGUAUCAUGGAGAAUAUAAAAAUGGGAAAAAAUAUGGUAGAUGGGAUAUUAGUUAUAAGGAAUAGAUAUUGAUUUGGCCAGAAUGGAUGUUUAGAAUUUUAUAAUUAUUUUAAUCUUUAUAGUGGUGGAGGACAAUAUGAUGAACAAGGUUGCAAAAUAGGAAAAUGGGUUGAUCUAAGUAAUAAUUUUCACGAGUAUUCAUAAUAAUUAUCAAUAAUAGUGAUAAUUAAUCGACUUAUAAUGGGGAAUAUAAAAAUGGGAAAAAAUAAGGAAUAUGGGAUUUAAAGAAUAUUGAUAUAUUAAUGUAAAAAAAACUGGAUUAAUUAACUUAUAGUGGUGGAGGAUUAUACGAUGAAGAUGGUUUGAAAAAUGGUAUAUGGAUUGAUUAAAGUGAUAUAUUUGGGUAUUAAUUAUUUGUUAAUAUAUAUAUAUGUAGUGCGGAUAAUAUAGUUACUUUUUAGGGAAAUUAUUAACAUGGAAAAAGGAUUAAUAAUUGGACUUGGAAUUACUUUACGGAAUGGAAUAAUGAUAUUCAAAAAAUGUAUGAUGAAAUAAUUAUUAACUAAGUGAUGGAGGAUUUUAUAAUGCAGAAUGUUAGAAAGAUGGUAUAUGGUUAGAUUUGAGUGAUAAUUUUGAAAAGUACCUUAAUAUUCUUAAAACAUUUAGCUAUAAUUAAAUCAUUUAUCAAGGUGAAUAUUAAAAUGGCCAUAAAUAAGGGAAAUGGGAUAUAAAGUUUAGAUAUUAUUUGGACAAUGAUUUUGAUUUGAUGUAAUGAAUGAUAAAGCAAUAUAAAUUUUUAUAGUGGUGGUGGUUGUUAUGAUAAAGAUGGUUAUAGGAAUGAUCAAUGGUUAGAUUUAAGUGAAAAUUACUCUAAGUAAUAUAUAUGUUCACACAUAUAUAUAUAGAAAAAAUUAAGUGGUUUACAAGGGUAAAUAUAAGAAAAGCAAAAAAUAUGGGGAAUGGGAAAUACAAUACAAAAAUGAAUAGAUGUAAUAAAAAUAUAAAUUAACUCAUAGUGGUGGAGGAUUUUAUGAAGAAUUUGAUUAGAAAAAUGGUGUUUGGAUAGAAUUAAGUGACUAGUUCAAUCAGUAUUUCUUUAUCUUAUUACCAACUAUAGGGCUUGUAAGAUCUUAAAUAGCGGAGAAUAUAUAGAAGGCAAAAAAUUUGGAAGAUGGCAAAUUAAAUACAAAGGAUGGGGGAAAAAUAAUUACAAAUAAAUGUAUAUUUAUAAAUUAACACAAGAGGUGGUGGUUGGUAUGGUGAGGUAGGUUUGAAAGAUGGUAUAUGGAUAGUUUUAAGUGAAAAUUUUAGAGAGUAUUAUUUAUUUCUAUUUUAAUUUAGAGAUAGCAAAAUUAUUUAUCAGGGUGUAUAUUAGAAUGGUAAAAAGAAAGGAAAAUGGUCAAUAAAAUAUAGAGGCAGAAGGGAAAAACAUUACUAAGAAAUGUAUAUUAAUAAUAUUAUAAUUUAUGUUAGUGGAAGUGGAUGCUUUGAUGAUUAAGGUUUGAAGAAUGGAUUAUGGAUUGUUUUAAGUGAUACUUUUUGUGAGUAAUAUAUAAAAUGAUUUAUUUUAGCUAAAAUUAACUAGUAUAUUCAGGUAAAUAUUAUAAUGGAAAAAAAGUUGGAAAAUGGAAUGAAUAUAAAAUAGGAGAAAAAUAAAUCUGUAAAUAAGAUUAAAAUAAAGAAUGA